AUAGUGAUUUUUAUUAAUUUUAUAAUGAACUACUGUAUUUUUAUAUGUAUUUUCUGAAUUUAGUGUUUUAAAAUCCUGUCACUCUUAUUCAGUAUUUAUUUUUUCAAUAUGAGUGAUUCGGAAUCAUUUAGUGAUAACGAUUUUUCGGCGUCGUCUGAAGAUUGGAAUCCUGAUAGUAAGGACGAAGAUAGUGAAGAUGAAGUUUUUGAAGAAAUUGAAGGUGAAAAAUCAACUAAAAUUCGAAAUGCAAAAAAACAAACCGUCCGCACAAAAAAUAUCCCAAAAUCUCGAGUAUCAAAUAAAAAAAUUAAAUCUAAAUCCCUAGAUUCGGACUCUGAUAGUAGCGUAGAUGAUUAUUUAGUUGACCCUAAAGAACUUAACUUUGAAUCUGAGUUUUUCAAAAAUUCAAAUGAACAGAAAAUACCAAGUUUUGAUGAUAUUGAGAAAAGCAUUUUAAGCGAUACAAAUUUACAAGAAAAUUUAUCACACGAAUCAGACACUGAUCUUCAAGAUGAAAAGCUACAAAAGCUAAAUUUUAAAAAUAUACAUGAUUUUACAAAAAAUUUGGAGUCUGUCAAAAACUCCAUAAAAAAUUAUCAUGCUGAAAAACCUGGAGAUAGUAAUAUGGACAUUGGUGAGUUAUUAGCUCUUGGAGAAACGGGCAAGUCUGGCCAAUCGCAGAUUUUUCAUUCAGAUUCUGAUGAUGAUGAUGAAGAAGAAGAUGGUUCCAAAAACAGAAGCACACCAGAGGGAAUAGGAAAGGAUGGAAUCACCAUAACAAUAAAUUUACCAAAUGCUCAGAAAAAGGGAAAAACUAGGGAAGACUAUAGAUUAAAAGUAUGUCGUCGAAUGAAUUUAAUAAAAAAGAAAAACCAAGUUUUUAUCCAUAAAGUGCAUGUUCUAUGUUGGAUUGCACAUGGAAAUUAUGUAAAUCGAAUUUUGAAUUAUCCAAAAUUGUUAAAAUCUGCUUUGACCUUAAUACCUUCAAAUAAUUGUUAUCCACCUGAUAAAGCAGAUUUAAAAUACCUAGAAAUGAUAUUAAAAUGGUUUGCUGGUAAGAUGAAGUAUGUAGAUGCUUCAAAACGAAAGACUAAGGAAGUCAAUAAUAUGGCUGCUAUUUCUAAACUGAAUAUGAAAGAUCAUUCAACUUUAGUGCAAAUAUUAGAUGCACAAAUUAAAGCUGCUAAUGCUUUCUCCAAGAAAACUUUGAUAUUAAUAUUUAUAAUUCUUCUGCGUGCAUUGGGUUUGCAAUGCCGUUUAGUUUUAUCUUUUGUUACUUUACCUCUAAAACCAAACCCAGAAGAUCUAUUCAGUUUAUCUAAAACUAAUGAUGAUGAAAAAGGUGUGAAAAGAAAACAUUCAGUUGAGAGAGGAAAUGAUAAAAAAUCUGUUCCCAAAAUUGAUGGCAAAAAGUCAGUGAUGUCCGAUGAUGAGAUUAAAAAAAAUAAAGCUACAAAGAGCAAAGAUAAAACUGUAAGUGAUAAUAAAAAUAAGAAUAAGGAUAAUGUUAGUAAUAAGAAACUCAACAGAAAUAAUGAAAUGAAAAGUAAUAAACAUUUAGAUCAAACUAGUAGUAAUUCAAAUAAAUCAGCUUCUACCUCCAAAAAGGCAUCUGUGAUUGAGAAAACCCCAGAAAAAAUAAAAAAAUCGAGUAAAUCAUCUCAAAGAAAAUCUAUAAAAAAUGAUGAAUCUCAUACUUCUCCUGCUGUAACAAGACAUGCUUCAAAAAGACGAUUGAAAACUGAACAAAUGAUAUCAGAGUUAAAAAUACCACAGCUAGAUGGAGCAAAUGACGAAAUUUCGAAUAAAAAAUUAAAUAUUCGAAAGAUUAAGAACCUAUCUGUUGAAAAAGUCUGAAAUAAAACUCCAGUAAAACCUUCAACUUCGAAAAUCCAUGAGGUGUCGAAAAAUAAAAUGAAAAGCAAAGAUAAAAAUUCAAGUUUAUCUGAAUCUAACAGCCCACCAAAACGUAAAUUGCUUAAUGAUAGUGAUAGUGAAUUUAAACCUAACAAAAAACAAUCGAAAAAGGUUAAUAAAGCAAAUUCUCCUAAAGAUGAUGAAAAAAGUUCACCAAGGAAAAAAAAAUGUAAUUUAUGGGCAGAAGUAUAUUUGGAAGCUGAAGAGAAAUGGAUUUGUGUUGAUGUUGCAAGCUGCAAACUUUUAUGUGUCAAGGAACUUUAUAACAAUGCCACUCACCCAAUUACAUACAUUGUUGCUUGGAAUAAUGAUUUAUCAUUGAAAGAUGUCACACGAAGAUAUGUUCCAAAGUGGAAUACCAUCACUAGAAAAUUGAGAGCUGAACCAGAAUGGUGGGAUGCUACUCUUAAACCAUGGUUAGGAAAGAAAACUGUUAGGGAUCGACAAGAAGAUGAAGAACUUUACAGAAGUCAAUUGGAACAACCACUUCCGGCAUCAAUUCAAGAAUUUAAAAAUCAUCCACUGUAUGCUUUGAAGCGACACUUAUUAAAGUUUGAAGCUAUAUAUCCGCCAGAUGCCCCAACAUUAGGAUUUAUCAAAGGAGAACCAGUUUAUGCAAGGGAAUGUGUUCACACUUUGCACUCCCGUGACAUUUGGCUUAAGGAGGCAAAAACUGUUAGGCUUGGAGAAAAACCUUAUAAAAUUGUAAAAUCCCGGCCAAAAUAUGAUAAGCUUUCAGGUACAAAAUUACCUGAUGCUCCCUUAGAAAUUUUUGGGCCUUGGCAAGUUGAAGAUUAUGAUCCCCCACAAGCAGAGAAUGGUAUUGUUCCAAGAAAUGCUUAUGGAAAUGUUGAUUUGUUUAAACCCUGCAUGUUGCCAAAAGGCACAGUCUGUUUACAAUUGCCUGGAUUACUUAGGAUUGCUCGGAAAUUACAAAUAGACUGCGUAGCUGCUGUUGUAGGAUUUGAAUUUAAGAAAGGUUUUACUGUGCCUAUGUAUGGUGGAUUUGUUGUCUGCGAAGAAUUUAAAGACACCUUAAUUGCUGCUUGGGAUCAAGAAGAAGAAGAAGCUGAAAAGAAGGCAGCUGAUAAUGAGAAACGUGUUUAUGGUAAUUGGAGAAAAUUAAUAAAAGCUCUAAUUAUUCGAGAAAAACUAAAAGCAAAGUAUAAUUUUGGGAAUAGCCCAGAUGAUGAUAAUAAAAAGAGCAGUGAAUCUAAAGACAAGAAGAAGGCAAGAUGCCAAAAGAAAAAGUGA